AUGGAGGUAAAGGGUAUAGUCAAUAGAUUUCUAUCGUUACCAAUUUUUCAAGUGAUGAGCAGAUUCACAUACAGCAUGUUUCUAAAUCAUGUGACACUUUUGCUUUACAUGGGCAUAAAUGUGGAAGAACCUAUAGAAUUUAGCAUAUUUUAUGUUUUGUUCACCUUUUGGGGCGUGAUAGCUUUCAGCUUUGGAAUAUCCAUAAUAAUGGUAUUAGCUUUUGAAUCUCCAGUAGUGGCUUUAGAAAAAUAUAUAUUGCCUGCUAUGAGUCAUAGACCCAAAACAAACAAUAAGGAUUAUAAUGAUGUUACCUUAAAACAGGAAGUCAACAGCAAAGUAGUACAAUUUGAACAGGCCUAA